AUGUCGGGCUCGCCCUCCGCCAGGUUGUGUUUCACUCUCGAAGGCCUCAUAGGUGUACAAACUUCGCAAUCUCGCAAACGACUACUCAAUGGGAAGGCUCGAGGUCUCGUCAGAGACGCCAUACGCUUGAUCGACACAGGCAGCUUGCAACUCAUCCUCAGCGACCCGCCUGAUAUGCCUCUCCCGGACUUCGUGAUGACCCCGGACGCCAUCGAUAUCGUGACCAGCUUCACGUCCAUAAGCUACGGCGCGCAUCUCAUCGACCUCGGCUGCUCUGCGGUAUGGGAUGCCAUAGAACCGCUCGACGUGUGGCCGAGGGUCUUCCGAUGGUUCGCGUACCUCCUCCCGCUCAAUCAUGGUCUGUCGUUCACCUCCGUGCCCUCUCUGCGGUAUCAUGCGUACUGGCCGAAGGCCAUGGAGUGCAUGCUCAAGACCAUUCGGAGGGUGCUCGAAAUGCCGCCCGAGCGCGCGCGUCCUAUCCUGCUGUCAGGCGGGCACGACGUGAUCUCGGAUAUCAUGACCGUCUGGCUGCGCUGGCCUGAGGUGAUUGGCGAGGUCAAGGACGAGGAAGCGGCGGCGCUCAGAUCCCGCUGCAUCGACUCGAUGCAAGCGCUUUGGCUCGCCCUCCGCGUCGGUCCAGACGACGAGACUCUGACGCUAUUUUGCACGUAUAUGCUGCGCGCCGUCCACGGCAAGCCGCGGAAGCUUUUCCGCGUUAUAGACGCUCGUCUUCGUGACAUUACUGCUCGACUAGCCGACGCCAAUGAUGUUCAAGCCUGCGAUGAUGCGGCAUCCAUCAUGGUGGUAUCAUGCCUUUUUCUGAUGUACCCUGACCUGCAACUACGCAAAUUCCCUCGCGGAAUCAUCCGGUCUGCCACCCAUAUCCUCCGGAUGGCAGUUCGUGCGCAUACCAAGCUUCGCCUCAUCACAGCUGAGUUGAUCCAUCGCCUCUGGGCUCUAAGGGGUCGUGCACUUCUGCUUUCUCUCGACACUGGCAUUUUCACAACCAUCGCCGAGAUGGAUGCCGUGGACGCCGGGGUGGAGGAUAGCCUUCGCAAGCUACGUGAUCUCAUCAGCUAUUCGCUAUCCUAUCCCGAAGCCGUGAGACGCUUUCACGAUGGGCUUCCCGAAGCGGCGUGGUGGCAAGGGUACCUCCCCGAAGAGCAAACGCUGCUCGAACUCGCUGCCAACAGACACCCCGAACUAGCGCCCCUACGGCCGCGCGACGCAUACUUCAUGAGAGUGAUCGCCUUCGACUACGUCAGGCGACAUUGGGAGGACAUCUCCGCAGAAAUAGGCCCCGAGGGUCUGACGAAGACGCCGAUCAUGACGGUGGACCACGCGUUUGAGACGAAGCGGCUGGACUUGCAGGUCCAUGAUGUCUCGCGGACCCUAUUCCAUCCCGCACUACAGCAUGGCGAGUGGGAUCGUUAUGGCGGUAACGCGAUGGGAGCGAGCCUAACUCUCAUCGCCCUUUCGAGCUCCUCGACAUCUUCUGUGCCGUCCGACAAGCCCACGUUGAGCUUUACCUUGCGCGGAAUGCCGUCCUGGGCAGCUGACAUCGCUCAACUGAACCACGCCCUCGACAGCAUACAGCGAAGCCGUCUUCCUGGUGCGCUCAAGGGCAACAAGCAGCACCACGUCAAGACCGCGAAUAAACUUCUCGCCUCCCGUCCGCUGCACUUCCUGCUAGAGGAGCCGUAUGAUAUCCAUAUCUUCCUCCCCGCCUCUGUGGACUCACGCCAAGGCAUCAUCGACGCACUCACCGCGCUCAAAUCCCUGCAAAAUGUAGCGGACGAUGGCCUCAGCUCACUCUGGACGUUCGACGACAGCAUGUGGGCGCGUUCGCUCCGCUGGUUCCUGUCUCUCUACCCCAUCUAUAGCCUGUCCAACGCUCUUGACGUCUUCGAUGCGAUGGAGAAGUCCGCGGUCGAGACGUUCAUCGGCGUCCUCGACAGCGUGACACGUCUAUCGCCUUCAGAAGCACGGGAGGCGCUUCUGAACGACGAUCGCCAUGCCCUGCAUCUUCUCUUCGCGCUGUGGGUCCGCUGGCCGAUACGCAUACAGAGCUUGGGCAUGAACGUAUACGGCUCCAUUUCCUGCCAGGAUGUCAUGUAUGAUGCAUGGACGUGUUUUCCCAUGGAAGUCACCGAGGAGAUAUUCGUCAGACCAAUUCUGCACAUGCUGGGCGAUCGACCGAAGCGACUCUCCCGCCUCUGCGCCACUCAUCUCAACAUACGCACUUCGGCCGGAAGUAUUGGCCGCGCCGGCCUGGUGAACCAGGUGAAUCUGAUGAAGAGCAUGACGCUGCUUUGCGACUCGGGCGCGCAUGGGCUCUCCGGAUCCUAUAUCGCGGCGCUCAUCAACUCCUUGGACGACGAUCUCAGCAUCUCCCCGGACACACACGAGCUCUGGACGUGCGUUCUCCAAACACUUACCGAGAUGUGUUUCCGGUCCGACUAUGCCGUCGCCUUUGCCUCAAAAUAUGGCCUCUUCGCGCUUCUAGUCCGCGUGCGGCGCCUCUGCCACCCGCUUCUGGCGAACCCCAGUCAAUCGAACCCAGAGGUCAGUAUCACAUGCAUGGUGUUGACGCUCCUUGGCGACGGCCUCUUUCAUCGACGCGCUGUGAAGGGCUUCCGUGAAGCACAGAGUCGCUAUGCCACCCGCAUGCCCGACGGGCCGCUACGGGUCGACGAGCAAGCUGUCGUGACCCUUGGAGAGCGGCGAUCAGGAAUGGCGCGCGAUAGCUAUCUGCAGUAA